UACCUAGUUCUGUAUUUUUUGCGCAGUCCACUCACAAAAUGGGAUAUUGUACAGUAUAUUUGUUCCUGUUCCUUGUUUGUACCGAUACGCUGUAUAUGAUACAAGCCGGUCAACAAAUGGAGUUUUGUAACCAAGUCUGUCACUACGUCGGACAGCACUAUGAAAACAAAGACUCAAAUGGAUCUGCAGCAUUUGAUAGAGUAGGGAAAUCUGGUCCAAGAGGGCCACCUGGAAAUGUGGAUUAUGGAAUCAUAAAUGCCACGAUUAUGGGGAAAUUUGAAGAUUUGGAAAGCAAUGUGGAAAGGAAGCUUGCUAAUAUCGACUUUCUGGAACAAAAAACGGAUGAGAAUAUAGCCGAAAUACAACGAAUAAAAGCAGAAUUACAGCAGAUGCAAUCAAAAAUCAACAACAUGGAAGAAUUAAUGACUUGGCACAAAUUUCUGAACGGCUAUUAUUACAAAGUGUACCACGAUAAAGUUAACUAUCGAACAGCUCGAGCAAAUUGUCAACGCCGAAACGGAAACCUUGCUUCUACUGGAAUAAGGGAUUCCGCGAUUCAAAGUGAACUGAUGCAACUGAUAAAGACGUCGGGAGAAGACAUCUGGAUUGGUUUAGAUGAUAUCGUUAGGGAAAACAGCUUCAUUUGGGCUGAUGGCAUAUCUUCAGGAAGCAUUAACUGGGCUAGUAAUCAGCCUGAUAAUGGCGGCGGGGCAGAAGAUUGCGUACACUACAGGCCGUCCUACGGAUGGAAACUGAACGAUGACCCAUGUUCCAGAACAAAAAAGUAUAUUUGUGAAAGAAGAGGGUAACUUUAUAUUACUGAAAUUAAUAAACAAAACGAGAAGAUAGAAUUCUGCUAUUUGGAAACAUUUUUCAUACAGUUUUCUUCAAUGUAACUGUAUCAUUGUCAUAAAUUGAUUAUACGUUUUAACUUGUUGUCUCUGUAUAUUUCAUUUGCAUUUACUGGCGCUAAAAAUGUUGGUAUCGUUAUUGCUUUCAUGUUUUUGUAUCAGCCAUAAAAUAGUCGAUGAAGUAGUUAUAUUUUAUAGAUAUGUAAUUUCCCAUUCAUUUUUGCUAAUUAAACAUAGUGUGACUGCUGUUGUUUAA